CCGGUGGAUAAUCGUACUACAUGUAGUAUUUACAGCGGCAUAUUCGUCACCAUGGUAACGACAAGCUGAUCAAAUUGUCCGGGACAGUUGCAGCGCGACACCCUCGAUCUAUCUCAAAUUAUCUCCCAUUUUCUCAUCCCCGAACUUCCACCUGCAAGACACGAAGCCGUCCGCUCACCACCACUGCCAUGGAACCCUUUCGACCGGCGCCCAUCGAGCCGUAUCGCGUACUAGUCCACAAUUACCCAUCCCACGACCCCGACUCCAACCGCCUCGCCCAAGCCUACGAGUAUGAGACCGAUGGCCUCAAGAGAAACGCGCUUAUUUUUCUGGGUGGUCUUGGUGACGGCCCUCAUGGUAUUCCAUAUGUCAAAAAGAUAGCUAAUGCUAUUGCUGGUGAAUCUGACUACGCGGUCUACGAACCCCGACUCAGCAGCGCCUUCUCGGCCUGGGGAUACGGUAGCCUCCACAGCGACGUCAAGGAAAUUAGUGCUUUGGUCAAGUAUUUGCGCACCACGACGUUUAAGAUGGGCAGGAUCGUGCUGAUGGGCCACUCCACGGGCUGUCAGGACUGCAUGUACUACGCCACACACGGCGAUGAGAUGGGGCUCGAGAAGGUAGAAGGGUUCAUCUUGCAGGGACCAGUGUCGGAUCGCGAGGCGAUUCUGGCAGUCUUUGAGGAGGAGUCGCCCGGGAAGGGACAGGCAAGGAUGGACUUGAGCGUUCAAGUUGCGAAGAAGAUGAUAAGCGAAGGAACGGCACAAGAUUGCAUGCCGCGAGAGUGGUUGCCAAAGGAGUUUUGGGCUUCUCCGGUUUCUGCUUAUAGGUGGUUUUCGUUGGCGAGCUUUGGCGGUGACGAUGACUACUUCUCGUCGGACCUACCAGAUGAAAAACUGGCCGAGAUUUGGGGCAAGGUUUCCAAGCCGACUCUUAUUCUGCCAUCCGAGAACGACGAGCACGUUCCAGAGUGGAUUGACGUUGUUGAUAUGAUGGCCAGGUGGAAGAGAUUCUGUCAGGAAGAUGUAAUCUCGAGCUUAUCGGGCCUCAUCCCCGAGGCAGAUCACCGAGUGGAAUUUGGCCCGGCUGGGGAGCCGGCGAACCUGGCGCAAAGCUGGCUCUAUGAUCGGGUGCAUGCCUUUCUGACGCAGCUGGAGCGGCACGGGCAAGAAGAAGCCAUCGAUGCUGCUACCGAGUCCCAGUAAUUUGUGACCGAUAGCCGUAGAUAACAUGUCAGGAAUCAAACGGGACUUUGGUGAUAUCCUCGCAUUCGGGGACUACUCAAGAAACCAUGGAUGACUAAUCUGGAUCAAGCAUACCUCUAUCGCGGAUCCCUUUCAUGAUGGUGGUCCCCGUAAUCACUGGAGCCCUCUCCGGGACACCGGGACGGGAUCUUUGGGUGCCGCUGUUUGGGAUUUUGGUCGCCGAAGUGCCGCUGCGGGUCUUGGAAUUCAGGUUGCUAUUGCCCUGCCGGCUAAGCCCCGGGAGUUCGGCGACCCUUUGACUCAAUGAUACCUUACGAAGGGGCAUUCCAACAGCUACAAUAAGGCC